AUGAAUUAUUUUGAAUUAGAAGUCUAUACUAUAAGAGGGAAUAAAAAUCAUUAUGAUUUUAUUAUUGCUAUUUUUAUAUCUAAAAAUCUUGGUAUUUAUUCUUGCAGAUUUAGAUCAUUUAUGAAAUAUCGGACAUAUCGUUACUUCAGAAACUAUAAGAGAAGCUCCUCUAGAAGACAUCAAAAAAGUGAUAGCUUAUAG